AUGAAUCCCAGCCUCAAGACAAGCUGGAUGCCGUCAGUUGUUCAGCUGCUUGGACCACAUCCAGACCGUGUCGAGCGGCAUAGAAGUUUGCCGGGAAUACCGCUUGCCACUUGGAACGGAGGAGUACAGCUUGAAGGCUCCCAAAUCGUGGGAACUUCGUCAUACGUAUAUCUCGGACGUUCUAUGAACAUGGAAAACGACUUGAAGGAAGAACUGAAUAGAAGAAUGAGAGCAGCAUGGGCAGCAUUCACAGCCGUCAGGGAAGCUACAGACCAACUGACGGACCAAGAUCUUCGUGCCCAUCUGUUCGACUCGACAGUCCUUCCAGCGCUCUGUUACGCAGCGGAGACGUGGGACAUUGCUUCCUAG